UUGUUGACAAUUUUUUUUCAAUGGACUUGAUUCGAUCAUUAUUAUGGAUGAAGAAACCAAAAAAUUAUCAUGGCAUCAUUAUGUCAAUAUACGACAAUUACGUGUUGAACCAUUUAUUUUACUGUAUAUGAUCGGUUAUUCAUUAUCGGCAAUGGCCGUAUCACAAUUGGUACAGGAUAAAUUAUGUCGUGUUGAUUAUGAUCAAUCAUCAAUAUUUUGUAUAUCAAUAAAUUCGGCUGAUUUUGAUCAUGGUGGUGAAACAAUUAAAUCGAAUAUAAUCAAAGAUGCUACCUAUAUUACACUGUAUCGAACAUUAUUAUCAACACUUCCAUGUAUUAUAUGGGCAUUAUUUCUUGGUCCUUGGAGUGAUAAUUAUGUUAAUGGACGUAAAUAUAUUAUGAUUGUUGGUGCAAUAGCUGCAGCACUUGAAUCAAUUAUUUUAAUUAUUAAUGCUUCAUUAUUUGAUCUAAGUGGUUAUUAUGUUUUAUUAUCAUUUAUACCUUCAGCAUUUACCGGUGGAAUUGUUGCUACAUUGAUGGCUAUAUAUGCUUAUUGUUCAGCUACCAGUGAUAAAUAUACACGUUCAACUCGAUUUGCAAUUGUUGAAAUUUGUUUCUGGAUAGCACAACCAAUUGGUUCGUUUAUUGGUGGUCAAAUACUUGGCGAUGGUGAUCAGAAUACAAAAUUUCAGCUUUAUAAUUAUAUACCGGUAUUUGUUGUUAGUCUUUGUGCACAUAUUGCUGCAAUUAUUUGGGCCAUUUUAGUUAUCGAUGAACAACAAUCAUUGUUGGAUUUACCACAACCAAUUCGUUCAUCACAUCCGCUGCCUUUUGAAAUUGAUCAGCCAGAUGUUGAACCAGGUGUACCGGUAACAUGUAUCAAUAGUGAUCGUGAAGAAAUCCUAACACCAAACGAAUCAAUGAAUGAAUCCUAUGCAAUGAACUCAUCUCUCAUAUCAUUUAAUGGAAUUUCACAACGAUCACGACUAAUUUGGAAUGAAUUUCUAAAUAUUUUUCAUUUAGAUCAUGUUAGCAGACUAUGGCGUACAUUGAUUCGUCAACGAUCUCAUUGGGGACGUGAACAGAUUUGGAUACUUUUCUUUUCGACAGCAUUUUUAUUGCUUGUUUAUCUGAAUACAACAUUUGUUUUAUGGUCAUAUGUUGAAAAAUUAUUUAGCUGGCCACCGAAAUUCUAUUCAAAUAUUACAUCAAUGACUGCCAUUGGUACAUUGAUUUUGAUGGGUUUAGUAUUGCCAAUUUUUGUACAUAUACUUCAAUACGGUGAUCUACGGCUAGCAUUAUUGGGCGUUCUAUCGUUAAUGGGUCAAUGUAUUUUACGUGGUUCAUGGCAACAUGAAACUGGCCUUUAUUUAUCGUUCAUUGCCGGUACAUUAGCACCAUUAUCAGUGAUUGGUAUACGAUCAAGAUUAUCAAAAAUUAUUGAAAAUGAUGAACGUGGAAAAUUAUUUGCCUUAUUAGCUAUUGUUGAAGCUGUUACACCUGGUAUUGCUUCAUUAUUUUAUUCAAUUAUAUUUACAUCAACAAUUGAUGUUUAUCCUGGUCUAGUUUUUCAAGUGGCUGCAUUCAUUUUACUUAUUCCAUUAUUGGCAAUUAUAUUCAUUGAUACAUAUUGUAUUCAUGAUUAUGAUAAAUCAUCAUCAUCAUCAUCGGAUCGUUAAGAAAAUUAUUAUAUUUUUUUAAUUAUAAAUGCAUGUAACAAACAG